UUCCUUUAAAAUUUAGCAUUUCUUGAACCUGAAGAUUCUAACCGCAUACCAUGGUAAGCGCGGGUAGAGUUCAUAAGGUCUAAUGACACAAUAUUAGAAGGAACUGCCAUCAUUUGGUUGCAGCUCAGGUUAGGUAAGAACAUACUCAGGAACAACCCGAAAUCGGAUUAAAAGUGCAAUGUAAGGAAAGAUGGACUGGGAAAGUUCCUAUUGCGACAUGGAGAGACAAACAGAUGUACCUAAACCAAAACAAUAUGCACCAAAGAAAAUACUGGACCCCAAACCAAGGCCAGUGCGACAAUCUCAGGUUGCAGUACCUAAAACAAUAUAUGGACGUUCUGGUGAAGAGGGAUCUAAAGAAAAUGAAGAAGAGUGGCCAGUUGUGGUGGCCCUGGAUUUUGGAACAACAUAUUCCGGAUAUGCCUUUUGGAGAGAAGAAAAUCCUUCAGAAAUUACCACAGGGAAAUGGAAUACUGGUUCAAAGGGAGUGUUGGAAUCAUUGAAAACUCCAACAUCAUUGCUUUUGAACCAAAAUAACGAAGUUAUAGAAUUUGGUUAUAAAGCAGAGAAAAUCUUCAAGGAAUUGGCUGAAGACGAAGAUGACAAAGGGUAUAGAUAUUUCCGCCAGUUCAAAAUGAUGCUUCACAAUGAAUCAUUACUUGAUGAAAAAAAGUCGAUAUCAGAUCACUUGAAGAGACCUAUAGAGGCACUAGAAGUGUUUUCUUUAUCCAUUCGAGACCUUGGGGAUGAAUGUUUUAGAGAUUUUGAUAAUAAAAGAAUAAAAGUUGACCCUGACGAAAUACUAUGGAUUCUGACCGUACCAGCAAUAUGGGGUGACUCUGCAAAACAAUUCAUGAGAAAAGCUGCAGAAAAGGCGGGCAUUCCAUCAGAUCAACUGAAACUCGCUUUGGAGCCAGAGGCAGCAGCUAUCUAUGUGAUGAAAGAAGCUAAAACAGUUUUUGGAAAAGACACUGUUACAACAUUUAAUCCUGGUACCAAAUUCAUGGUGGCUGAUCUUGGUGGUGGGACAGCAGAUUUAACAGUUCUGGAGGUAAACAAAGACAGAAAGAUGAAACAGCUGCACCAAUCCGCUGGAGGGGCAUGGGGUGGAAAUUUGAUAAACAAAAAAAUAUGGGAAAUCAUGGCAGAAAUAUUUGGAAGCGAUGUUAUUGAAGACUUCAAAAAGCUGACAUCAGAUUUCAUGGAAAUGGAAUCCAUCAUUGAGCUCAAGAAAAGAGAUGUCACUAUUGGAAGUAAACUUGAAUUACCAAUUUUUCCAUCUCUCUCUGGCCUUUGCAAACAGGAUUAUAGAACAUUGAUUAAAAAUUCUAAAUAUGGUAAUUCUGUUAAAGCACGUACAGGGAAGUUGCGUUUUGAACCUGAUAUGGUUCAGAAAAUAUUUGACCUGACUUUCACCAACUUAUUUACCGUCGUUGAGAAAGUUUUGAAGCAUGAAAACGCAGUGGGUGUAAACGACAUCAUUCUUGUUGGUGGAUUUGCACAGGCAGAUAUCAUUGUUAAGCAGUUUGAGGAGAAGUUCUCCGGAUACAAUAUCAUCAUUCCCACAGACCCAGUUCUUGCUGUCCUAAAAGGAGCAGUGAUGUUUGGACAAGACACUGACAUUAUUUCAUCUAGAAUAACUGCACACACCUAUGGUUUUGAUGUCAUGCGAUAUUUUAUGGAUGGGGAUCUCAAAAGCAAAGAGAGAAAGAUUGAUAACACCAGUUAUUGUGUUGAAGUAUUUGAGAUACUGGUGGCCAUUGGAGAAUCAGUUGAUGUUGGAAAAACAGUCGAGAAAGAGGUUUUUGCAUCAUCAAAGGAAAUGAAAUUGAUGGUUUUGAAAUUCUAUCUAUCAGAAAUCAAAAAUCCAAAAUAUGUUACCGAUCCUGGUUGUAAGUGUAUUGGUAAACUAUCGGUGGAAAUGCCAGAUCUAAGUGGCGGAACAGAAAGAUCAGUGAUGGUGUCGAUCAAAUUUGGUGAAACUGAAAUCACUGUUUGCGGUGUGGACAAGACAACCGGGAAAAAACAAGAAACCGUGCUCGAUUUAUUGGGAGACAUUAAAUGAGAGCAAACAUGUUUUGACAAUAUAAAAAGGAAAACUUAAACAAGAAACGAGCAUUUGUUGCACAAUAUUUUAUUCAAAUAAAGGAAAUUUUAUGGUAUUUUUUCAUCAUGGUUACUUUUGUGUUGCUUUUAUUUUUUUUUAAUCUUGUGUCAAACCUAAUUUUUAUCUAUAAAAAUCCAAGUUUGAAUUGUGAAAAUAUGCUACCGUAUAUACAUGUAUACCUGUAUAACUCAAAAGUAUUCAUGAAUCAAUUGUUAAAAUGAGAUAAAUCUGUCAGCCUUUUUUUUGGCACAUGAAAUGUGAUGAAAAAGGCUUUUGAUAGUAACAAUACCGGACUUAAUUUUUAUGAAUUGUAUGCUUUGCAAUGUGAAAUUGAUAGUGAAAAGACUAGAUCACCACGUAAUUUAAAUAUACGGUAUUUGAAAAAAAUAUAAUCAUGCGUACCUCAGUACGUGUAAUCAACUGAUAAUAUGGAUACAAUGUAAAAGAAUUUAUGCAAAUAUAAAAGUUAACGUUUGACUUUAUUAAUGAAAAAUUUGCGCUGUAGAAUACCUUAUGGAAUAUAAUAUGAUUGCUCGUUUUGGAUAUUUAUCAAUGCAGUAUAUUUUCAUCUUCUUGUAUCCUUAAAGGGGCAUGGUCACGAUUUUGGUCAAAUUUUAUUUUGUUAUAAUUAAUGACAUAAUCACAUGCAAUUUGAGAUUCAGUCGUAGUUAUAAGCAAGAUACAGGGCUCACAAUGUUUUGUCAUGUAAACAAGUCUCGUGACCUUUGUUUACAUAGGUUCAAUAUACCAGUAAAAAUUCUAUUUCAAGCUAAUUUGUGUAUCUUCCUGUUCAUUUGAAUUUUUAAGCAUAAUUAAACAGUUACUAACGUCCAACACACACACACAAAAGAAAUUUCACUUCAACAUCCUAAUGUAAACAAAAGCUUUGUAUAGCUCGCUUAUAAAUCAACGCUUGACACUCAAAUUUUGGUUACCUAUUAAAAUAUAUUAAUGAAGCAUUUCAAACAUUAAAAUCGAAAAAAUCUUUUGACCAAAACCGUGACCAUGUCCCUAUAAAAUACUUGCAAAUUUAUUGUACAUUGUAUAUAUAUGUUUCCUUUUUUGGCAAAUUUUGUUUCCGAUUUAAUUUGUCUAAGGAGUGAAAUUUGUUUUGUUUUUUUUAUAUUUUUUGACAAUCCGGAUUAAAUAAAUUUCAAGGAUAAUGUAAAAUUUGUCAGUUUCCUGUUCUUUUUAUAAAUAUGACAAUUUUUUAAAACUCUUUACAAUUUUUUUAGUCUCAACUGGAAGAGGAUAAUUUGUUGUUAUCAAAUCAUUCGUUGAAUUGAUCAUCUGAAUCUUCAAUAUGAAAAGAUUUAUAUCGAUAUUAAACGAACUUUUAUAAAUACAUAAUAUUAUUAUUUAUCAUAUCAAACAUUUUGUAUCAUAUCUUUUAUAAUUGAGUUUAACCUUUUAUAACA